GGAUGAGCGGGAGAGUUGACGGUCAACUCUUGUGUGUCUCGCAAUCACAUUACACCACAUCACUUGGUACGGCUCACACAAUACACAGGCUCCUUCCUCUCUGGAAGCCAAGCUGCACACGAGCCAAAACACAACACACAAAUCCGACAAAUCAACCAACGAGAAACAGGGCACAUCCACCCCACCAUGCAGAGAGGCCCUCACUGAGGCAGCUAGCUAGCUAGCUCUGCUGCUGCUCCUCCUCCUUGGCGAUCAUGAGCAGGUCGACCGAGAAAGGCCCAGGGUCAACAUCGACCUCCCACUUCAGAUGCAUCCGCUGCAGCACCGCCCUGCCAUCCUCAUUCCCCUGGCCAUGCUGGUCUCUCAUCAGCUGUGCGUACUUGGCACUCGAGGCCCAGUUGACCGAGUGUUCGAGGGCGCUGGCCACCUGCCGGUGCAUGUUGGACGGGAACCGGCGGUGCACCGUCUGGUCGCGAUAAGCCACAGACCGGGGUGGAGGCUUGGUGCGCCGACGCAUCUUCUCCUUCUCGCCAAUCCGACCGCCCUUCUCCCUCUUGCCGUCCGUCGCUGACGCAUCCCCAGUGCCGUCAUGUCCGUCUGUGUCAUCGCCGAGCAGGGGGAUCGAGUCGGCGGGAGAUGCAGUGGUCAGCAGGUGGUGGACGAGCGUGUCGUCGAUGCCUUCGACCACGUUGUCGUGGUCGUAUCUGUUGCUGUACACUCGCAGCAGCCGUCUCAGCCGGUCGGCCAGCUGCGGGUCCCUGCUGACGGCAUCCAACAGCACUUGCCCUCUCAGGUCAGAGUUGGGGUCCUCCAGCCACGGGAAGCCUUUUGUCGACAGCAGGAUGACGUCCCGCAUCUCCACCAGACACCGGAGGGGCAGCAGCGCCACCACAUUGCUCCCAUCAGCCGUCGGCAACCGGUCAGCCGACCCAUCUCCCUCCGCCCUCACCAGGGGAACCAGAUGCCGCAGCGCUUGCAAAGCCACCAGGAUCCGUCGACCAAAGCCGAUGGCUGUGGAGCGGCGCAGCACCAUCUUGUCCUCAGCCCAGUCGCUGCGACAGGCGUCGGACCUCACGAGAGCCGUCCCGCCCUGCACCGGCACCCCAUGGAUGGGCGAGUCGGUGGUCCACGCGUCUGGGCCGCUCCUCUGGUGCGGCGCGUUGGACUUGAAGUCGCCCAGGUGCAUGGCCUUGACCUGCGCAAAAGACGGGGGCGACUGCGGUAGGUCGUCUGUGUCUGUGAUGGCGUCGGUCAUCGUGCCGUCCAGCCCUCUCAGCAGCGUGACGGUCUCUCCGCCGCAAGAGCUGUGGGCAGCAGUUAGGGGUGGCUCUCGUUGCUGCGGGUGGCGGAAGUCGUCCCGGCUGAAGUUCAUCAUCUGCCGCUCGAUCGCGGUGCUCAGGGAAGAGACCAUCUGGCUGCCGUCGCCGAUAGCAAGCUGACCGCCGUCGCCCUCACCGCCACCGCCGCCAUUUUCUCCUUCCUCUUGGAGCAGGUCAGCAUCGAUCUUCCAUGUGAAUCCGGCCACGAGCGUGGGCGUCAUGAGCGGCUCGGGCAAGGCGAUUUGUUCCGAGAAGCCGCCGCUCUUGGUGAAUGCCGUGUGGAGGUACUGCAGGGCCACCUCCAUGCACCGCACAAACGUGUCCCUCCACGGCCACUGGAUGCCGGCGUGUUGGGCAUGGUCGACCGAGGGCAAUGGCGCGUGCAGCGUGAGGGCGAGCAGAACCGAGGGCAGCUGCAGAGGAGGGAUCUGCCACAGCUGAGAGGGGGAAGCGCGGGAGAUCGAUGAGUGAGCCAGCAGCCGAGAGUCGACCCCUGCACACACACCCACAACACGCGGUUCCAAUCUAAUGCCUGGAGGGCCGUUUCGCCCGUCUGGCUGCCUCACCCACCUCGCGACACAUGCGCCAGAGCUUCCCCGAGAGUGCCCAGCUGAUCCGCACUCUCCACCGCCUUGCUCGCGAGGUACCUGGUCAGCACCCGCAGCGCCCCGAACGACACGUCCCCGCCCCAGUCGCCGCCCUCACUCCUGCAGGCCAUCAAAUCGAUGGCCUGACAGACCUGCAUGGUGGUCCACCUCCUCAGCAGCCGGUGGUCGCCGGCCUCAAUCACGUCAGCCAGGGCCGCGAUGAGCUCGGGUGUGCCCACUGGUGUGGGAAGGGUGGCCAGGCAGGUCACCAGACGGCCCAGUAGAGGGGCGUCGUACGUCCACAGCAGGGAGGGGAGCUCUUCUCGAGGGAAGGGCCGUUUCCGGCUGGAAGUGUCAUCAGGAACUAGGGGAGUCAGGGCCUCACUGGCGACCUGUAGAGAGAGAGAAACAGAGAGAGGGACGCAAUGAAUGGCCAUCGCGUGAUGUGGCGACGCGAUGUGUCCCCGUCGGCUCACCUCCAGCUCAUCUGCAGUGGCAACGGUCUCUCCCUUUUGCUGUUGUUCUUCUUCUCCGGGCUUGGGUGGUAUUUCGACUGUGUCGCAGUAGUCCUCGGCUAGGUAGAGGGAGAGUUCCUCGAUGAAGGGCUCCUUCAAGGGGUAGCGCACCGAGGCCAGGAACUCCAGCGCCAUGACCAGCUGCUCGUUGGUGAGGUCGGGGAACCGACGGGAGACCUCCUCGGCACACAGAUCCCACACCUUCAAGUGUGUCACACGCAUGGCCAGAUGGACGGAUGGACACAGGCAUAUAAUGGGUGUGUGGUGUGGGUGGCUCUCUGUCUGACCUACCUGUGUUUUGUCUGUGCCGACUUGGCAGGCGCUGAAGGCCUUCAUGACCUCCAGCAACGAGUCGGUCUCGAUGGCCGAGGGACCCCUCCAGAACUUGCGCCUGGCCUCCUCCAACAGACCCUCGCUCACCAUGCACCCCACUCCCUCUACACCCACUUGUCUGUCGAUCUCCACCAUCAGCCGCAGCAGGUAGCACAGCUCAGACAGACUCAGAUCAAGAGCCGCCCGCUCGGCGUGAUACCGGCACACCUGUGCAAACACCUGGUAGUCGCUGCUAGUGUGUGGAGCACGGUCUGCCCCACAGACCACCACGAGGCCGUGAAAGGCCUCCACAAAGCGGACGAAGUCACGUGCAGAGAGGUCAGUGGCCGGGCCCACAGAUGCGGCGAGAAUGGCCAAUAAAUGGGAGCCGGCGAGCAGCCGCGGCAGAGGAGAGAUCCUGCUGCCCUUGGCUGCCUUCCAGAAGGACGCGGCGAACCCCACAGCCGUCUGGGCGUCGGGUGCAUGCCCCUCGUGGCACCGCCUGGCAAUUUCUUGGACGAUGUCGCGCCAUGCCGUCUUGCGUUUGUGCAGCGCUGAGCGCUCGCAGAGGCUGGACAGCUGCCCGUAGUUGAGGGAAGACAGAGCAGAGGAUGCAGCAGGCUGAGCGCCGCUGAGAGCAGCGAGACGAUGGAUGAACAGUCGCAUGAGCCCUACAGAGAGAGGGAGGACGGUUGGAUGGAUGGAUGGAUGGUUAUUGUGG